AAAAAAAAAAAAAUCAACUUAACUAACUAACUCAGCUUAUUAACCAGCGCCGUCAUUCUCGUUCGUAUCGUCUCUACGCCGGCAGCUUCCACCGCCGUCUUAGGUUCCAUUUCUUAGAUUUCGAUGAACUGAGCUCCGAACUUCGAACACCACGUCGUUUCAUAUUUUCUCUAUCUUGCUCUUUCUCAAACAUGAUCAAGGAGCUUCUUCCCACAGACCCUAUCUCCAUUUUCAAUCUUCUCAAAUCCUACGCACUUUCACCCACAAACAUUCUCAAAGCCAAUGAACUCUUCCGCCAAAUUCCCAGACCCACUUUAUCCCAUUGGAAUAUCAUGAUCCGUGGUUGGUCCCAAACCAACCAACCCAUUGAAGCCAUUCGCAACUACAAUCUCAUGUAUAGCCAAGCCUUAUUUGGUAACAACCUCACUUACCCUUUUCUCCUCAAAGCAUGUGCUCGUAUAUCUAAUGUUUCAUGCACUACAGUUCAUGCUCGUGUUUUGAAACUUGGGUUUGACUCGGAUUUGUUUGUUUCGAAUGCUUUGAUUCAUGGGUAUGCUGGAUUUUGUGAACUGGGUUUUGCGCGUAAGGUGUUUGAUGAAAUGUCUGAAAGGGAUUUGGUUUCUUGGAAUUCGUUGAUUUGUGGGUAUGGUCGGUGUAGGAGGUAUAGCGAGGUUUUGGUUGUUUUUGAAGAAAUGAGGAUGGCUGAUGUGAAGGGUGAUGCUGUGACAAUGGUGAAAGUUGUUUUGGCGUGUACGGUUUUGGGUGAGUGGGGUGUUGUUGAUGCUAUGAUUGAGUAUAUUGAGGAAAAUAAGGUGGAGGUUGAUGUUUACCUGGGAAAUACAUUGAUUGAUAUGUAUGGCCGGCGCAGUAUGGUUGAUUUGGCUCGACGAGUGUUUGAUCGGAUGCGUGAUAGAAAUAUGGUUUCUUGGAAUGCUAUGAUUAUGGGUUAUGGGAAAGCAGGAAACUUGGUUGCUGCAAGGAAAUUGUUUGAUGAUAUGCCGCAUAGGGAUGUGAUCUCGUGGACUUCUAUGAUCAGCAGUUACUCUCAAGCGGGUCAGUUUGGAAAGGCAGUGAGGCUUUUCCAAGAAAUGAUGGUUACUAAGGUGAAGCCAGAUGAAAUAACGGUUGCCAGUGUGCUCUCUGCGUGUGCUCAUAUUGGCGCACUUGAUGUUGGGGAGGCUGUUCAUGAGUAUAUCAGGAAAUAUGACGUGAAUGCUGAUAUUUAUGUUGGAAAUGCUUUGAUUGAUAUGUAUUGCAAGUGUGGUGCGGUUGAGAAAGGAUUGUCGGUGUUUGAAGAGAUGGGGAAGAGGGACUCGGUAUCGUGGACAUCAGUUAUCGCAGGCCUUGCUGUUAAUGGUUCUGCAGAUUCCGCACUUAAUUUAUUUUCACUGAUGUUGCGAGAAGGUGUUAGGCCUACUCAUGGAACCUUUGUUGGAGUUUUGCUGGCCUGUGCUCAUGCUGGAGUGGUUGAUAAGGGGUUGGAAUAUUUCGAAAGCAUGGAAAGAGUUUAUGGACUGACACCAGAAAUGAAACAUUAUGGUUGUGUUGUGGAUCUUUUGAGUCGUUCUGGCAAUUUAGGAAGGGCUUAUGAGUUCAUAAAGAGGAUGCCCAUGGAUCCUGAUGUUGUUGUAUGGAGGAUAUUGCUCAGUGCUUCUCAGGUUCAUGGAAAUCUACACUUGGCUGAGAUUGCCACAAAGAAGCUUCUAGAGACGGAUCCUUCUAAUAGUGGCAACUAUAUAUUGUCCUCUAAUACUUAUGCAGGGUCCAAUAGGUGGGAAGAUGUUAUUAAAAUGAGAAGAUUGAUGGAGGAGAGUAAUGUACAUAAACCAUCAGCUAGCAGUUCCGUAGAAAUAAACGAUUCAGACAGUUCUCAAGAUACACGUUUUGUUGAAGUUCCGUAGAAGAAUCAUUUAUUACUUUAUAAAUUGAUUACUUUUGUGGGACACCACGGUCAAUAGAAGGGAAAAAACAAAUGGUCUUGAGAUUUACACCUGACUCUUGAUGGCCUAAUCGUCUUCGAUUUCUCACAAGUGACUUAUAUCUGUCGCUACAUGUACAUGUUGAGUUGCUUGUUGUGGAUUAGAGAUUGAAUUGCUAAACAAGCAGAGGAUUAAUAAUGCCUGGUUGUAUCUAACCAUUAAGAAUGUGUCUUAAUGUACCAUGCUCAUACUGAAAUCACCGGUGGCUGCUGUUACCUCAUAUUACCGCUUCAUAAUGACUCAUCGAAGUUGCAGCAGAAGACGACAAACCUCUUAAAAAAGACUAGCCAUAUAGCAGCUUGAGAUAAUGACAUUAAGGACAUCAUCAAAUUCAUGAGGCAAAGGUUGUUUAAGCUUCUGCUUUCUGUGAUACCAUUUUAUCCACUUGGGUAUUGAAAGGGCAGACAACUUGACUCUUUUCGAACCCAUAUAUACUUCCAGUCACAUCUUUCAACUGUUAUUAACUAGACACUGGUGUAUCAAGCAGUGUUAUAAUACUGCACUCAAGUUCCAGGAUAUAUACAGCAUGAAACUUAUAUACAUAUUACAUUGUUAGCAAUCAAUAUACAAUACUUGAUAAGAGAUACUAGCACGUCCAAUCACAUACUCCCCAAAUUUGGAUAUAAUUUUUUGUAUAAGCUGUUCUUGGCACCAUUUGAGCUAUGAUUCUUGUUUUUUAUUUUUGGACAA